GAAGGGCAAGUCCAGCAGCGUGGGUGCUUCUGUUGGUGCAGUGGCCGGGCUCGUGUGCAUCACCCCUGGUGCUGGCUUCGUGACCCCUGGGUGGAGCAUUGCCAUUGGUGCACUCGGAGCCGUUUGGUGCUAUUUGUCUGUAGAGGUCGUGAACAAGAUCAACUUGGUGGAUGAUACUUUGGACGCCUUCGGCUUGCACGGCAUGGGCGGCAUUGGCGGUGCCAUCUUGACGGGCAUCUUCGCGCUGGAUGGCGGGCUGAUCUACACGGGAAGCUUCGAACUGUUGGGGAAGCAGAUCGCUGGCGCUGCGGCUGGUGUGGCCUUCUCCGCCCUCGGCACGGCGCUCAUCGUGGUGGUGCUGCGGCUGGUGAUGAAGUUGAGGAUCCCUGAGGAACACGAGCGCAGUGGCAUCGAUCAGCACACACACGGCCGGGGUGGCAGAGUGGGGUUGAGAUAG